CUCUGUCUCUCUGACUCUCUCUCUCUCUGUCAAUUUAAACAAUAAACAAUUAUUGCUGUCAUCAUCCUCCUCUGCAGAAAAAGCGACCAAUCCCUCCCCUUUUCCAUGCUCUCUCACAAUUCCCUUCCUUGGCCCAGUAGUAAUAUUGAAUCGGAUCCCUCCUCUCUUUAGUCUCUGCCUUUACCCUUCACUUUCAAGAUCAUUUCCCUUGUUCUUUGUCUCUGAUUCCUUCAUAUCGAUCAUCAGUUGCAUGCAGCUCGAAAGGAGCGACCUUGCAGAUCCACCAUUUCUGGGGUUCAAGGCUGUGGCAAUUAGCAUAGCAGCUAGUAUUUCAGGGUGGAAGUGUGUGGUCAGAAGUCGAUCUUUGACCUUCGGUUGGAACAUUGAUCCUGAGAGAAUCGGGAAGGGUCAGUCAAUUUAAGGAAGUAACAGGAAGGAAGUGAUGUCAUUUAUUGGGACUCAAGUGAAAUGCAAGGCUUGCGAGAAGACGGUUUAUCCCGUGGAGCAGCUAUCUGCAGAUGGGGUUGCUUACCACAAGUCAUGCUUCAAAUGCAGCCACUGUAAAGGCACCUUGAAGCUGAGCAGCUACUCCUCGAUGGAAGGUGUUCUCUACUGCAAGCCUCACUUCGAGCAGCUCUUCAAGGAGUCGGGCAACUUCAACAAGAACUUCCAGUCACCUGCAAAGUCAGCGGAGAAGUUGACUCCUGAGCUGAAAAGGUCACACAGUAAGGCUGCGAGUAUGUUUUCUGGUACACAAGAUAAAUGUGCAACUUGUGGGAAGACUGCUUAUCCACUAGAGAAGGUUACAGUAGAGAGCCAGACAUACCACAAGUCGUGUUUCAAGUGCUCCCAUGGAGGAUGUCCCAUUACUCCAUCAAACUAUGCAGCUCUUGAGGGCAUCUUAUACUGCAAGCACCAUUUCUCACAGCUCUUCAAGGAGAAAGGAAGCUAUAACCAUCUAAUCAAAUCUGCAUCGAUGAAACGGGCAGCUGCUUCUGCCCCAGAAGAAGCUUGAACUCUUCGUUGUUGCUGACUUUUACUACCGAUUGUUACUCUGGUUUUUCAUGUCAACCCCCGUCCAUUUUGUUGUCAUUGCCUCAUAUUUAAAUAUCGGGGAACUUCCAGGACUCCAUCCUUGCUGUGUGGUUCAUGCGACUAUGGCAUUCACUUUCUUUCGGAGUUGUAACAUUACACUUAAUGAGUUUCUGCGCUAAUGGACUGCAUGGAAAGAUGAGUUUGAAUGGCAGUAAUUUCUUGAUGCA